CGGAGCAGUGACCGCAGGAGAGAACGCCGCGGUACCAGAGUACAUUUGGUAAGAAGAUGAAGAACAGAAAGCAAUAUAUUCAAGACACUGAAGGUCAGAAGCAUGAAGGCAUGGAAGGUGAAGAAAAGGAAGAAAACUGUUCCUGUUCUACUUUAUUAUAUGAUGGUGAUACAUGCCCCAUCUGUCUGAACUGCCUUCUUGAACAAGAGAUUGGUUUUCCUGAGAACUGCAGUCAUACCUUCUGCAUGACUUGCAUUCUUAAAUGGGCUGAGACACAGGCUUCAUGUCCUAUUGAUCGCAGACCAUUCCAAGCAGUAUGCAGGCUCAACACAUUAGAAGAGCAGAUAAAGGUUCAGAUUAAAAAACAACUAAGGAGGAAGGAAGAAGAGGAAAACUGUGCUUGCAAUAAGGGAAAACACAGACAUGCAAAGAUGAGAAGUUUUGUGAGAGGAGUUGUAUGUCCAGACAGAGGGCCAUUAAGAGCAAGACUGAGCAAAAUUGUGAAGAAAAAGUGCAGUAAUAUUUUAUAUGACAAACAAAACAAGAAAGCUUUAUGUAUGAAGAUAAACAAGCCCAGAAGACAGACCCACUGGAAUGAGUGCUACAGAACUAAUUUCUUCAGCACGCUUCCAGCUGGUGGUAGUAAUGAAGAAUCCUAUUCUACCUGUAGAAAUGACUGUACAGAAUUCACAGAAAUUGACACAGUGAUCAGACAGAAGAGACAAGAACUGGAAUUGUCCUGUUUAUCUGUACUGGCUAGAGUUGAAAGAGUUCCUUUAAUGUCUUAUGGAGCUGAAGCUGAGACCUUUCUUUUCACUUCUGCUGCAGUGGCUGGGACAAUUUUUCCAACAAAUAUCAGGCCUUUGGAAAACUUUGAAUCUCUAGGCAAAGGACAUGCUGUUGCAUGUACCCAAGAAGGAGAAGAGAAAAAGCAAGCUUCUGGUUCAUCUGGCACCAGAGGAACUAGAAGGAAAUCAGUUAAUACUACUCCUACAAGAAGGUCUGCACGAAACAGCAAAAAUGAGCCUCUGAGUCAGUCUCGGAGCUCACCUCGCUCAAGCAGUUCUGCGUGCGGUGCCCCUGAUGGCAAUAACUCAUCCCUGAAUAAAUCUCCGUCAGAGUCAGAGAAGCCUCCGCCAAGGCGGAAGUCUAAAAGAGCAGUCAAACAGAAAACACCUGUUGGUAGAAAGAAGCUGAGAAGAUCUGCACGUUCCGAGAAAUCAUCCAGCGAUUCGGUGGAAGACGAUGACGUGGCUGAGUCUGAAGCAGUUGUAACUGCAGAUCAAGAGCAGCAGUCAGAUGAUGACAGCAAUAGUGCAAGCCUUCUGCAGAAACACAACGCGGAAACAGAAUCUGCUAACGGAUUGGAAAGCUGUGGUGAACACGCAGAAACGGAGGAAACUGCAGUAGAAUGUGACAAAAGUGAAGAUAAUUCAGGCAACGUGGAAGUAUGCUUUUCUGUCCAAGAGUCUCCAGUACUAACCUCAGGGGAUGAAAGUCAGGAAUUCGAUGUCAGAGGAGUUAGUGAAAAAAACGUUUGUCUUACCAAUGAGGACGUCUGUGAAAGUGCUCUCGAACAAAUGGAAACAGUGGCUAGUCCCAGAGACGAAGUACGUGAUGAUGCAGCUUCUGAAAAAGUAGAUCAGACAUUGUGUAGUCCUCAGAAUGAGUUGACAGAGAACGUAGAAACUCUGACAAAAAUAGAUCAACCUGUCGCUAGUCCAGAAAAUGAGCUCUUGGAAUCUCCAGAACCUUUGGGAAAAGACCAGCCACUAGAGAGCCCCAGAAGUGAAUUGCCCAAGCACCCAGAAACCAUAGAAACAGAUUAUUCUGAGGCUGAAAUAAAAACAGUAGUAGACUGUGCAAGUACAGAUAUUCAAAACACAAAAACUACUCAGGAUGAAGAGCCAGCUACCUUAAUCUGCAGUACAGCUAUGGACAGUACAUCAGAACAAUCCUUAAAGGAACAUGCCAUGCCAGAAAGUGAAGAGGGUGGAAAUCCAGAGUCACCUCAGGUAAAUGCUGAACAUAAACAUUUUGGUGAAGAUAACAAUGAAAUGAUACCAAUGGAUUGUGACUCAUUUUGCAGUGACCAGAAUGAACCUCAGAUUGAGCAGUUACCACCAGCUGAAAGUACAAAGGAAGAAGAGAGCUCUUUACAAAGAGAUGUGGGAGACUGUGCAUCAGUUUCAGGACUCUCUGAUGAAAAAGAAGAAACUGUAAUUCUAGAUGAAACUGUAACUCAAGAAAGAGAGUGCCAGUCAGAACUCAAAAAAGAUAAAAAGAUUCGAACUAGGAAGUCUAGAUUUCACUCUCCAUCAACAACCUGGUCUCCUUCUAGGAAAGAGGGCAGGAAAUCUCAGUCACCAUCCCCUAAAAGGGAGAUGACCAGAGACAGGAGCUCGCGAUCACCCAAAAAAGAAACUGACAGGGAGGGAAGAAGAUCCUUAUCUUGGUCGCCAAAGAGAGAGACAGUCAGAGAUGAGAAAAAAACACCAUCUCGAUCUCCCAAAAGGGAAACUGCCAGGGAAAGCAGGAGAUCAUCUUCUCAGUCAAGAACUAAGGAUUCAUCUCCAAGGCAAAAGUCUAGAUCUCGAAGCAGUGAUAGGGAUAGUCAAAGAAGAGAUCGUGACAGGGAAAGAAGAAGUAGGAGGAAGUCCAGGUCGCGGUCACGAUCUAGGUCAAGAUCACAAUCUAGGACAAGAAAUAGAGGUUCUUCCUUCUCUAGAAAUGAGAGGGACAGUCAUUCACCUCGAUGGAAAGAGAGGUGGACAAAUGACAGCUGGAGGUGUCCCAGAGGAAAUGAUCGAUGCAGAAGAAGUGAUCAAGAAAAACAAAAUGAAAGUCUUAAAAAAGAGAAGGACAAUACAGAACAGAGCAAUGAUGAUCAAAGUUCUUCAGACAAGCGGAGGAAUGAUUGUCCAGACUGGGUAAUGGAAAGGAUAAACUCUGUUCCAGAAGUCAGGAACAGAGAAAGAGAUAAACCGCACUGGGAAGACAGCAGGCAUGAUAAUUCAGGACAGUCUUGGAACAAAAACCUUGGUUCUGGUUGGAUUCCAAAUCGAGGGAGAGGUCAUCGUGGCCGAGGUGGGCGUGGAAGAGGCGGUUUCAUGUAUGGAGACUGGAGCGAAAAUCACUGGCAAAACAGAAAACCUCUCUCAGGGAACUCAAAUGGUUCUGGGAAUGAAACUUCAAGGUUCCCAGAACAUCAGCCAUACAAGCGUAAGAAUGAACAAGAUUAUUCUUUUGACACACCUGCUGACAGAUCUGGGUGGACAUCUGCAUCCAGCUGGGCUGUAAGAAAGACUUUACCUGCUGAUGUGCAGAAUUAUUAUUCCAGAAGGGGACGCAAUUCAUCAAGCCCACAGUCUGGAUGGGGAAUGAGACAAGAAGAGGAGACACCUGAACAAGAUCCAAACCUCAAAGACCAAGGCAACCAGCAAAGCGAUGGUUCUCAGUUACCAAUAAAUAUGAUGCAGCAACAAAUGAAUGUAAUGCCACAAGUGAAUGCACAGCACCCACCUAUGAAUAUCUUCCCGUAUCCAGUGGGUGUCCCUCCUCCCAUGAUGAAUAUGCAACGAAGUCCUUUCAACAUCCACCCUCCAAUGCCCAUGCAUCUCCCUACCGGAGUGCCUCUCAUACAGGUAGCUGCUCCCACAAAUUUGUCUCAGGGAUUACCUCCGCCUCCACCUCCACCCCCACCAUCUCAACAAGUCAGCUUCAUUGCUUCACAGCAAGAUGGAAAACAGUUGCAGGGUGUUCCAAGUGCUGCUCCUGUAAGUAAUAAUGUGAGUGCUCCAGCCUUGCCUGCUCCAACAGCAGUCCCGGGAAACGUGGGAACAGUUCAGGGACCAAGUUCGGGUAAUACAACGUCGUCAGGUCACGUCAAGAGCUCUAAUGCAGCUGUAAAAUUGGGAGAAAACAAAGCAAGUGUAACAGUGGAAGCGAGUGCAGAUAGCUCAAAGAAGGACCAGAAACUGUUAAUUCAGGAAAAAGCAGCCCAGGAAGUCAAACUGGCUAUUAAACCUUUCUACCAAAAUAAAGACAUCACCAAGGAGGAAUACAAAGAAAUCGUGCGGAAGGCUGUAGAUAAAGUUUGUCACAGCAAGAGUGGAGAAGUGAAUUCUGCCAAGGUGGCCAAUCUAGUGAAAGCAUACGUAGACAAAUACAAACACUCACGGAAGAAAAACCCUGAGGAGGUGGUCUCGGGUGAAAGGAAAUGAAAAAACCACCUUUUCAGUUUGUCAUUUUAUUCUCUCUGCAAAGUGCAAUUUCAAGAUGAACCAUUAACUGAAAACUGAUUCAAGUCUGAUUUUGAUAAAAUUAUUUUUCAAU